AUGAUCGUCUAUUUCAUUCGACACGGUCAAACAGCAGACAACCUCCGCGGUAUCAUCCAAGGCCAUAUUGAUACCCCUUUGAACAACCAUGGGCGGAAAGAGGCCCGACUGCUGGCUGAUCGUCUGAAAGAUGUCAAAUUCGACGAGGCAUGGUCGUCGAGUCUUUCGCGAGCGCGAGAGACCGCUGAGAUCGUCCUCCAGCACCAUCCUGGAUUACCGCUCCGCACCGAUCCAGGACUGAUGGAGCGGUGUUUGGGCAGUCUGCAAGGUAGCCGAUGGACCAAGGGUCACCCUCUGCCUGAUGAUGUCGAGGCUACCGACGUGUUUCGCAAGCGAAUCACCGACUGGUUCCUCUCUUUCCUGGCCGCCCAACAAACCGAUACUGCGUCGACCCUUGCCUCUGACUCGCCUGGCGGAACUGCGGAACGCAAUAUCCUGGUCGCAUCGCACGGUGCAUACCUCACCGCCUUCCUCUCGAUCCUAAUUCACCUCCCCUUCUGCUUCGCCUAUCCAGACGACCUCGACAUCAAGCAAUCUUGUCACAAUACCAGCAUCAUGAAGGUGCAGCUCUUUCCGCGAUCCGAGAUAUCGAAUAGAGACGGAGACGGGGCAAUGUGGAAGGAGGUGCUUAGCCGGAUGGAGGAGAUUGAGGCGAAAGAGGGGACGAAGAAGGGGCAGAAGGUACAAGGAAGGUCGGAGUGGGUGGGGAUGGUGCAGUCAUGGGCGGAUGUGAAGCAUCUGGAGCAAAAGGGGGAGGAGGUGGAUGUGGGAGUGGCUGAUGAUCUGGGCGAGGCCGCACGAUAG